AUGAAGCGUCUAUCGGCGUUGCAGCUUCUUCUUGCUGCCGUGGUGGCGACCGCCACGGCCGCCACAUGGAAAAAUGUCAACAUCGGCGGUGGUGGCGGCUUCGUCCCGGGCAUUGUGUUCCACCCGAAGACCAAGGGCGUUGCAUAUGCCCGCACGGAUAUUGGCGGUCUCUACAGACUGAACGCCGACGACUCGUGGACGCCGGUCACGGACAGCAUCGGUACUGAUGAGCGAUGGGGCAACUGGGGUAUCGACGCCGUCGCCCUCGACCCUCAGGAUGCCAACAAGGUCUAUGCUGCCGUAGGCAUGUACACCAACGACUGGGAUCCAAAUCCCGGCGCCAUUAUUCGCAGCUCCGACAAGGGAGUUACGUGGGCUUCGACCGAUCUCCCCUUCAAGGUCGGAGGAAACAUGCCUGGCCGCGGCAUGGGCGAGAGACUGGCCGUGGACCCUGCCAACUCCAAGGUUCUUUACUUCGGUGCUCGCAGCGGAAACGGCCUGUGGAAGAGCACGGAUGGCGGCGUGACCUGGGCCAAGGUUUCGUCCUUCACGAAUCCCGGCACCUACAUCCCUAACCCCAACGACGUCGGUGGAUACAACGGCGACAUCGUCGGUCUGACCUUCAUCACCUUCGACUCGACCUCUGGGCUCACCAAUGGUGCCACCUCCCGUAUCUUUGUCGGAACUGCUGACAACAUCACCGCCUCGGUUUACGUCUCCAACGACGCCGGGGCCACCUGGGCUCCGGUUGCUGGCCAGCCCAAGCAAUUCUUCCCGCACAAGUGCAAGCUUCAGCCUGACGAGAAGGCCCUGUACCUCACUUACAGUGACGGCGCCGGCCCAUACGAUGGCACUCUGGGUGCUGUUUACCGCUACGACAUCACCGCUGGCACCUGGAAGGACAUUACCCCCGUCUCGGGCAGCGACCUGUACUUUGGCUUUGGCGGUCUGGGCGUCGACAUGCAGAAGCCUGGAACCAUCAUGGUUGCGACUCUGAACUCCUGGUGGCCCGAUGCCCAGAUCUUCAGGUCGACCGACUCGGGUGCUACCUGGUCCCGGAUUUGGGAGUGGGCCGCCUAUCCAAACCAGAACUGGUACUAUGGGCUUUAUACCGACAAUGCUCCCUGGAUCAACACCGGCUUCAUCUCCCGGGACACUAAGCGCCUGGGUUGGAUGAUUGAGGCGCUCGAGAUCAACCCCCUGGACAGCGACCAUUGGCUGUAUGGAACCGGCCUGACCCUCUUUGGCGGUCAUGAUCUGACCAAGUGGGAUACCCCAACCCGUAAUGUCACGAUUUCGUCGCUUGCGGUUGGCAUCGAGGAGAUGGCUGUUCUGGGGCUUGCUUCUGCCCCUGGUGGAACGGAACUCCUCGCUGCUGUCGGUGACAAUUCUGGUUUCACUUUCCGGAGUAGCAGCGACCUGGGUACCUCGCCCAACACGCCGUGGAUGGACCCGAUAUAUACGAGCUCCACUGACGUUGACUAUGCCGGCAACAAGCCCGAAAACGUCGUGCGUGUCGGCAACACCAACAACGCCCCGCAGAUCGCUCUCUCAACCGACGGCGGCCGUACCUGGAGCGCACACUACGGCACCGAUACCACCAAGAACAGCGGCACACUUGCCUACUCGGCCGACGCCGACACUAUCGUCUGGUCGUCAGGCAACGCCGGGAUCCUGCGGUCUCAGAAUCAGGGCACCUUCACCGCCGUGGCGGCCGUCCCCUCGGGUGCCGUCAUCGCCGCCGACAAGCGCAACAACACCGUCUUCUAUGCCGGCUCCGGAGCCAGCUUCUAUCGCAGCACUGACACGGGCGCCACCUUCACCACGGUCACCUCUGCCUUCGGCAGCCAGGUGACCGCCGUCAAGGACAUCGCUGCCCACCCGGUUGUUGCCGGCGAGGUUUGGGUCAGCACCAACGCUGGUCUCUUCCGCAGUAUUAAUUAUGGCUCGACUUUUGCCCAGGUUGGAGCCGGCAGCAUCAGCAGGACGGAGCAGGUUGCAUUUGGCAAGGGGGAUGGGUCCGCUUGGAACGUGUACGCCUUUGGCGCCGGUGCCGCUGGUAACAAGCUGUACGCCUCCUCUGACAAUGGCGCGUCCUGGGUGGACAUCCAGGGCAGCCAGAACUUUGGCUCCAUGGGUGCGAACAGGCUCGUCGGCAGCAGCAACGUCGCCGGCCAGGUGUAUGUCGGCACCAACGGCCGCGGUGUCAUGUACGCCAAAGUGUCUGUGCCGGGUGGCGGCAGCAGCACUUCGACGUCCUCGGUCGUAUCCUCGUCGACUCGGACUUCGUCGGCCUCCAAGACAAGCAGCGUGCAGACUACCCUGACAACUUCGACCAUCAAGACUACGUCGUCGACAUCGGUGAAGACGACGACGACAACCAAGUCGACAAGCACUAUCAAGACCACCUCGACCACGAGCUCGGCGCCCUCCACCUCGGCCACUGCGCUAGCUCCAAGAUGGGGACAGUGCGGAGGGCUAUCGUGGACGGGUCCUACGCAGUGUGUUUCGCCAUACACUUGCAAAAAGCAGAACGACUGGUACUGGCAGUGCCUCUGA